CAAUCACUUUUGUCGUGCCACCUGCAGUACGUAUACCAUUUCCAUGUACUUACAGAUUUUCCGCACAUUGCAUGUCCUUUCCCUGCAACUCCUUCUGCCAACCGCUGUCUAUCCCUCUACCAUUUCCGCCGCCUCCCUCCUAGCGAGCUCAUUCCCUUGACCGGAACCCGAUUGACAGCCCAGUUGGACCACGCCCUUUGCAUACGUUCUGGCUGAGACACCCUCGUCACUUCUCGAUUCCACCCUCAGGAUUCUCAUAACCGUCGCUGCGGCAGGACCGUGCAGCGCGAGGGACAAAAGACAUGCUGGAGUCAUGAUAAUGGAUUUCCACUCACACUUAUAAUCUUUCUCAAUCAGUGUCCUGGCGGCCUCUGAAGACGGCGACUGGGCCUCGUACCCAGCAGUCGCACUCCUCUGUCCACAGCUCCACAGAACCCCCGAGUCCCUAUGCCAUCGAUCUUCGACUGGGCGUGAAACGGGCUUGAAGUGACACCCCAGACAUCCCGACUCCUCCACCUGCAGCUACCCCGAGUCAGGAACGAUUCCAGACACGUGGGUUCGUCAUGGCCAUCUCUCACUCAUGGAGACGCGCAACUCUGGCGGCAUUCGUCCUGCUGACUCUAUUUUUUCUACUGCGGCACGCAUCUCUCUCACCAAGCAUUCCUUUGGUCGAAGGUGCGGCUGAAGGUGGACAGCCCUCGAGACCCUACCCUCCUCCCAAGUCUCCAAAAGUCGUCCAAGAGACUCAGCAAGCAGUCCAAGAUGUGGCAGGCAAACCUCUGCGAGAAAGAUUACGAUACCAUUUCCCCUACGACAUCGAGGCCAAAUUCCCUGCGUACAUAUGGCAGACAUGGAAAUAUGGACCGGAUUCAGGGAACUUUGAGGAGAGAUUAAGACCUUUUGAAGCAUCCUGGUCACAUUUACACUCUGGGUUUGUCCAUGAAGUGGUGACAGACGACGCCGCAUUACACCUCAUCAACUAUUUGUAUGCCUCCAUGCCUGAAAUUAUUCAAGCCUACGAAGCCAUGCCUCUCCCUGUGAUUCGGGCCGAUUUCUUCCGCUACCUGAUUCUGCUUGCACGUGGAGGGAUUUACAGCGACAUCGAUACACAAGCCCUCCAGUCCGCCACGGAGUGGUUGCCGCAAACCCUGGAUAAGUCUACCGUUGGCUUGGUGGUGGGAAUCGAGGCCGAUCCGGACAGACCAGAUUGGAACGAGUGGUAUGCAAGGAGAAUUCAGUUCUGUCAAUGGACGAUCCAGGCAAAGCCGGGCCACCCAGUCUUAAGAGAUAUUGUUGCCACUAUUACCGAAGACACAUUGGCCAUGAAAAAGGCUGGGCAACUGCGAAGGGGUAAAGAACCAGCCAAGAGCAUCAUGGAGUACACAGGACCGGGGGUGUGGACGGACGCGCUGUUUUCCUACUUCAACAACCAAGAAUACUUUGAUUUCAGCACCCGAAAAACGAAUGUAUCAUAUCCCGACUUCUUUGCCAUCACCGAACACAAGAAGAUUGGCGAUGUCGUGGUGCUGCCCAUCACGAGUUUCAGUCCAGGCGUGGGUCAGAUGGGCUCGGAAGGACCUGAGCAUCCAAUGGCCUUCGUGAGACAUGAUUUUGACGGGUCUUGGAAGCCUGAGAAUGAGCGCAUGAAGGGUGACUGAAACGCAAUCAAGUCAUCUGUGUCCUUGAACAUCAAAAGCACUUGUUCGGGUCUUGGGUUUUUCUUUUUGGCAGCGUCGUCCGAACGUGGCCAUAGCGGCGCUCUCGCUUGGGACGACCAAAAAAGGGUACUGGCACAAUACGCAACACUAGGGGAGGGAGAAUGGAGUUAAUCGACGAUUUGAGCGUCAUGCACAUAGACUUGGGGAUAGACCAGUUGGAGGACUUAUUGGAACACAGGCCGCAAAUGGUUCAGCUAAGAAGCGAUAUAAUACCCUCUAAAGAGAACGAAUAGGGAUUGUGUAACCCCCUGCCAUGUAUCGAUUUUCUUCCAAGUCCUAGUCAUGGCCUCGACUUCAAAGGCGCCGGGGUGUGGCUGUCUGAACAAG